GGUGCCUCCCUCCCUCUCUCUCCGCCCGCAAGAUGGCGGCUACAUCGGAGUCCAGUUCCGGCCCGAGUCGAAGGUAGCAGCGACGACAGCAGCUGCAGACGGAGGUGGAAGCGGCCAUGCAUUUCUCCAUCCCCGAGACCGAGACCCGCGCCGGGGAUGGCGGCAACGCUGCGGCCUACGUGGCUUACAGCAUUCAUGUGAAUGGUGUUCUGCAUUGCCAAGUGCGAUACAGCCAGCUGCUUGGUUUGCAUGAACAGCUAAGGAAGGAAUAUGGAGCUAAUGUGGUGCCAGCUUUUCCUCCAAAAAAGAUCUUCACACUCACCCCAGUGGAAGUGGAGCAGCGGCGGGAACAACUAGAAAAAUAUAUGCAAGCAGUACGGCAGGACCCCUUGUUAGGAGGUAGUGAGAUCUUCAAUAGCUUUCUGCGAAAAGCCCAGCAGGAAACCCAGCAGAUCCCAACUGAAGAGGUACAACUAGAUGUGCUCUUAUCCAAUGGGCAGAAGGUGAAAGUCACAAUUCUUACCUCAGAUCAAACAGAGGAUGUUCUGGAGGCUGUGGCCUUGAAGUUGGACUUGCCGGACGAUUUGAUUGGCUACUUUCAUCUCUUCCUUGUGCGGGAAGCCAAGGAUGGAGCAUUUUCUUUCAUCCGGAAAUUGCAGGAAUUUGAGCUUCCUUAUGUAUCAGUCACCAGCCUCCACAACCCCGAGUACAAGAUUCUGCUGCGCAAGAGCUACUGGGACCCUGCCUUUGAUGAUGAUGUCAUGGAGCAGCGGGUAGGACUAAAUCUGCUAUAUGCCCAGACAGUUGCAGAUAUUGAACGGGGCUGGAUCCUUGCCAAUAAGGAACAGCACCGUCAGCUUAAAUCUUUACAGGAAAAGGUCUCGAAAAAAGAGUUCAUCCGCUUGGCACAAACCCUCAAAUAUUAUGGCUAUCUCAAAUUUGACCCUUGUAUUACGGAUUUCCCUGAGAAAGGCUGUCAUGUCAUUGUUGGAGCAGGCAAUAGUGAACUGAAUUUCCAGGUCAAGCUGCCCAAUGACCAGAUCAAGGAAGGAAGUUUCAAAGUGACACGAAUGCGUUGUUGGCGAGUUACUUCCUCGGUCCCUGUGCACAAUGGGACAUCAGGCACAAGUUCUGGCAAGUCAGAGGUGAAAUUGGAACUAGCUUUUGAGUACCUGAUGAGCAAGGAUAGACUGCAGUGGGUCACCAUUACCAGCCCACAGGCUAUAAUGUUGAGCAUCUGCUUGCAGUCCAUGGUGGAUGAGCUGAUGGUGAAGAAAUCUGGAGGAAGCAUACGUAAGAUGUUCCGCAGACGAACCAUUGGAGCCUUACAGCGUUCAGACAGUCAGCAAGCAGUGAAAUCGCCUCCUCUUUUGGAUUCCCCUGAUGGUAGUAGGGACCCUGUUACAAAAGUCUCGAGCAAAUUGGGCUCUGUCAGCUUACGAGCCAUCAGCCAUUCCAGCUCUUCGAAUGACAUUGGGGCGAAUGAUUUCCAUGGCAACUAUGCCUUUGAGGGCAUUGGCGAUGAGGACCUUUAAAUGCCCUGCUUUACCCAAAAGAUCUUUGUGGAAUGUAUGACCUGCUUGCGGGUUGAUCUUGAUGUGCCUCAGCCCCCAGCUGGCUGUGUGUCCUUUGCCAGAGUCUCUUGUCUGCAGAGGCAAUUUGCAGAGCUGACUAGUAAGCUUCAGCUUCAUACAUGCCAAACUAGGGUAGAGUGGACAUUUGCACAAAGAGCCAACACAACUCUAAUGCUCACGGUAGACUUUUAACUAUAACCGCUAGACUUGUAAUCUUGUUUAUCUACCCGCUGUUUACAUUUGAACAUUAACACAUUUGUGACAAUGAUUAAAUAAAUCA